GCAUGUGGACGGCAGACACACCGGAGACCUGUGUGGGUACUUUAUGCUGACCGGUCCGGCCUCUCACAGGAGCGCAUGACCCGCCGUGAUGGCCGGGGGACGCAGAGGACUAGUGGCCCCACAAAACACUUUUCUGGAAAAUAUUGUCCGACGGUCUAACGUUUGGACAUUAUCACAUAGACACACAGACACAAACUUUGUGCUGGGAAAUGCCCAGAUCGUAGACUGGCCCAUCGUUUACAGUAAUGAUGGCUUUUGUAAGCUGUCCGGCUACCACCGUGCUGAGGUCAUGCAGAAAAGCAGCACGUGCAGCUUCAUGUACGGAGAGCUCACAGAUAAGGACACAAGCGAGAAAGUUCGACUGACUUUCGAGAACUAUGAGAUGAAUUCGUUUGAGAUCUUGAUGUACAAGAAAAACAGAAUGCCGGUUUGGUUUUUUGUGAAAAUAGCACCUAUACGAAAUGAACAGGAGAAGGUUGUGCUCUUCCUGUGUACAUUUAGUGACAUUACAGCAUUCAAACAACCAAUUGAAGAUGACUCCUCCAAAGGAUGGGGGAAGUUUGCUCGUCUGACCAGGGCUCUGACCAGCAGUAGAGGGGUCUUGCAACAACUGCAGCCCACCGUACAUAAAGGAGAGAAUGUACAUAAACACUCGCGCCUUGCAGAGGUUCUCCAGCUGGGCUCUGACAUCCUGCCCCAGUACAAACAAGAGACCCCCAAGACCCCCCCUCACAUCAUCCUGCACUACUGUGCCUUUAAGACCACAUGGGACUGGGUCAUCCUCAUUCUCACCUUCUACACCGCCAUCAUGGUCCCAUACAACGUCUCAUUCAAAACCAAGCAGAACAACGUCACCUGGCUGGUUGUGGACAGCAUUGUGGACGUGAUCUUUUUGGUAGAUAUUGUACUAAAUUUCCACACCACGUUCGUGGGCCCGGCCGGUGAAGUGAUAUCAGACCCGAAACUGAUUCGCAUGAAUUACAUGAAAACCUGGUUUGUGAUUGACCUGUUGUCCUGUCUGCCUUAUGAUGUCAUCAACGCCUUUGAGAACGUGGAUGAGGGUAUCAGUAGCUUGUUUAGUUCACUGAAGGUGGUUCGUCUGUUGCGUCUGGGCCGGGUGGCUCGCAAACUAGAUCACUACAUCGAGUAUGGUGCGGCUGUUUUGGUUCUGCUGGUUUGCGUGUUUGGGCUGGCCGCCCACUGGCUGGCCUGCAUCUGGUAUAGCAUUGGAGACUAUGAAGUCAUAGACGAGGAACGUAACAGAGUACGGCCGGAGAGCUGGCUUUAUAUGCUGGGUGAGACAAUCGGGACACCCUAUCGCUUCAACGUCAGCGGGACGGGAAGAUGGGAAGGUGGACCUACGAAAGAUUCAGUCUACAUCACGUCUCUAUACUUCACCAUGACCAGCCUGACCAGUAUUGGAUUUGGAAACAUCGCUCCAACCACAGAUGGGGAGAAGAUCUUCGCUGUGGCCAUGAUGAUGAUUGGAUCUCUCCUCUAUGCCACCAUCUUCGGUAACGUGACAACUAUCUUCCAGCAGAUGUAUGCUAACACCAACCGCUAUCAUGAGAUGCUGAACAGCGUGCGGGACUUCCUCAAGCUGUACCAGGUGCCCAAAGGCCUGAGCGAGAGGGUUAUGGAUUACAUCGCCUCCACGUGGUCCAUGUCCCAUGGUAUUGACACAGAAAAGGUUUUGCAGAUCUGUCCUAAAGACAUGCGUGCUGAUAUAUGUGUGCACCUGAACAGGAAGGUUUUCAAGGAACAUCCUGCUUUCCGUUUAGCCAGUGACGGCUGUUUGCGGGCUCUGGCCAUGGAGUUCCAGACCAUCCACUGUGCUCCAGGAGAUCUCAUCUACCAUGCGGGAGAGAGCGUGGACAGCCUCUGUUUCGUGGUGUCAGGGUCACUGGAGGUCAUCCAAGACGACGAGGUGGUCGCCAUUCUGGGUAAAGGUGAUGUGUUUGGGGACGUGUUCUGGAAGGAGGUGACACUAGCUCAGGCAUGUGCUAAUGUGAGAGCGCUAACAUACUGUGACCUGCAUGUGAUCAAACGGGACGCUCUUCAGAAAGUCCUAGAGUUCUACACCGCCUUCUCCAACCACUUCUCACGAAACCUCUUGCUUACCUACAACCUGCGCAAAAGGCUUGUGUUCAGAAAGAUCAGUGACGUGAAGCGUGAGGAAGAGGAGAGGCUAAGGAGGAAGAACGAAGCCCCUCUGAACCUCCCCCCUGAUCAUCCUGUCCGCCGUCUCUUCCAGCGAUUCCGCCAGCAGAAGGAAGCCCGUCUCGCCGCUGGGCAUCUCAGUCUUGAUGACCCUGAUCUCGAGAAGGGCCAAAUCCACCACGAAUUCAUCAGCCAAGAUGUAGUCCCCACCACAAGCAUUGUCACAGUAACAGAAAGCCCGGCCACGCCUAUCCCGUCCCACCCGAGCAAAACCCGCACCCUGGGCCCGUUUGACCAGGCCAAGCUCAGCGCCCCUGCCCCAAACGUCCUUCGUACAUCAGAGCCACGAGCACGAGGCUGGGCCAGGUUUAGGGAAAGCAUGGCAAAGCCAGAAAGUUGGGGAAAUGUUUCUAAAGCAGAAUCGAUGGAGACUCUUCCAGAGCGGAGCGGCUCCGGAAAAACAUCGGAACCCGGCGGAUUGAAGAAAACUGAUUCCUGCGACAGCGGGAUUACUAAAAGUGACCUCCGGCUGGACGAAGGUGGCGCCCGCACCCCUGUAGACCGAAGCCCGGUCCAGCCCGACGGAAAAGCUCCCCCAAUCCCACCAAUCCCCACUAUUCCAGAGCACACACUGCACGCCUCACUCCUGGAACUCCGUACGGAACUUAAAGAGGAGCUGUCGGCACUCAGUAACCGAAUGGUUGCAUUGGAGACACAAGUCGCUGAGGUGUUGAGGUUGUUAAGGAGUAGAAAGUCUCCGACCUCUCCCAUGUCACUCUUCCAGAUCUCACGGCCGACAUCACCAGACACGGACAAGGAGGACAUAUUCCCUUGAAGAAGAUGAGGUAAUCAUCUUUAUUUUUGAAAGGGAAACAAUGAUGAGCCUUUCUCUGAGAAACAAAUGGAACCAGCAAAAAGCAUGACAGAGAAUGUGUGAGUGUGAGAGAGAGAGAAUGAGUGAGGGAAAAGGAUGAAAUAAGAAACCGGAAAGGAGAAGAGGAUGUCUUAUCCCAAGGCAGAGCAUCUGCGAUACCAAAGUGAUGGUGUGUUAGUUGACACUCUUUGUGUGGAACUGCUCUUUGUUUUUGUCCUGCAAGGCUGACAGACAGUGAGAGCUCUUGCCGCAGGGCCCACUCUAACUGAUGGUUGUCAUGGCAAUGCAUCGUCCCCAAUCGCAAGUGCGGGCCCUUCAAGAUCCCACUCAUGUAGCAAGUCUUCCCCUCUCCUUUGCUUUUCACACACACACACACACACACACACACACUGCUGUUUCUGCUCUGUCGUCUUUCUGGUAUAGGGAUUCAUUCUGCUCCUUUCUGCUGGUUAACUCGCCGCUGAAUAUAAGCCUGUAUCAGGAAUCACAGAGCUAAGUGUCUUAUGAUCUGGAGACAAAAGUCUAAAGAAGCAAGAAGCAUUCCAGGAACUAAGGAAACCCCAGGCAGCUUUGGAGAAUUACUUUAGACAAAUGUGUUUGUACAAUGACAAAUCAACUACCAUCCCGAGAGUUAAGCGUACACGUUACAGGAAAAGCUAAUGAGCUCUACAGGGCUUUCGAAGUGUAACAGCUGUUAAGGCCCUUUUCCAUGACUUGCUUCAAUGCACAUCUCAACAAAAUGUAAAAUCUAAUUGACAGCAAUGGUAUUAUAUAGUUUUAGGAAUUCACAAUAUAGCGGAACCAUAUCAGAUUUAUUGGGUAUCAGCCAAUAUUCAAUAUUUAAUUGUGCAGUGCAUGUUCAUUUCCAUUAUUUUAAUAUUUAGACUACAUUUGCCAUCAUCUAACACUCACUGAAAGCUAAUAUUUAAAAACACUAAAAAUUUAACAAGACUGUUAAUUGUAAUCUGUAGCAACUUUUAAAAUGAAUAUCUAUUUUUCAUACUGUACAUUAUACAUUGUUGGGAUUCGGAAACUCACUUUUAACAUUUAAAAUCACUGAUUUUAGCUUUUAUUGUUUAAUUAUGAGUUGAUUUAGAAAAAAAUAGUAUAGAAUUUUAAUAUUAGUCAUCAGUUAUCAUUCAUAACAUAAAUAUCAGAAUUUUCAUUUUUCACCAAAUCAGGUAUUUAUUUAUUUUUCAUUCAUUUUCUACAACUGGUCCAUCUCCUCUCCCUUACAUUGUCUAUGAAUAUUUCUUCAACAUUGUGGGAAACGGUUAUAAUUUUGAGCAUUGUGUUACAGCGUGUGACUGCAGACAAUGUGUGUCAGGGGUAACGCUGUAGCAUGAUGUUCAAUGAAAUUGCAGAUGUUGAUGCAAGUCAUGUGAAAGGACCUUCAACAAUGGAAGAACUAGUGAAAUUAACGCAUGUAUGUUGUUUCUUUAUCAACGAUUGGGUCUUCCAGAAAGCACACAAACAUAUUACCAUGGGCGCACUAUUAUUAUUCAGAUCUCUAGUGCAUUGUAGCUUUGUUUUUCAAAAUGAAUUGAUGGAUGUAAUCAAUACACAUGAUUUUUCACAACACCACAGUACAACAUAACACAUUUACGAGGAACUUUCAGCAUUACAGCAAACAUCUAAACACAAAGAAUCUCAGGAAUGAAGAGGGGUGAUGGUUUGAGAGCUCAUUCUGACCCCUUCCUUGGAUGUUUUUGCAUAUUAAAAACUAAAGAUGUGGCAUUAUGUUCCCACCAGGUCUGUUAUAAUGUCUAAUCUUUUCAUUGUUUAAUAGGAGAGACUGGGACUUGUUUUCAGGGGCCUAAAAUAGGCUUUUUAAUUCCCACUCUGACAACUGAUUUUUUUUUUUUUGUUGAGAAAACAUCUUUUUUUUUUUUUUUUUUUUACCAAGACCAUAAGAUAUGUGUCUGUAGAUAAAUUGCCUUGUAAAAUUAAACAACCCUGAGAAAUAUUCACUGAAGAUAUGACAGCUAGUGCCAGUCUCCCCUAUUAUUAUAUCAAACAAAGCUCAUAAUGCAAGUUUGGGAGGAGCCUGUUCAGAUAAUCCUUUAAUCACAUGGCUAAGAUAUAAAUAGCUGUUUAUUUCACUCUUUUUUUUCUGAACGCAUCCCUCCCCCAUAUCAGCUCCACCUUGAUUUCCAUAAUGAGGUCCAGGGGGGAACACAGAGAUCCAGUCUACUCAGAUCAUCACCACCAAACCUGAUUAUGUUCUUCUCCAUCACCGAACAUAUGAACUUGUAUUUAUAUAUUCUGAGAUGAUGCUUAAUAAUUCAGGUUUUCUCAUUUGUAUCUCAGAAAAAGAACGAGUGCCCGAUUAUACAAACUCACACGCAUGUUGCGAAUUGUGGUUAUGAACAUACUGUGAGCGGUUAAGGGACAUGUUAGCAUGCUGUGUGAUGUUCUCAGGUUAGAGAAGUUAUUAUCAAGUCCACAGGAGAUGUGCUGAGGUCAGUAUCACCUGAGAGCAAAGAGAGAGAAACAUGACUCAGAAAAAUGACCUAAAACCAAAACGCUACCAAGGUCAUAUCAAAAAUCAUACCUAAUAUAAAUGUGAUGAAAACUGAUUUUGUGUUGGGAAAAAAAGACGAGUAGCUCUAACAACAUGAAGAUUUAUUUCUGUUUACAACAAAGAUACAUUUAUACAGUAUGAAGAUUUUUUACAUUCUAGUUUCUUUAAAAAAAAAAAUAUAUAUAUAUAUAUAUAUAUAUAUAUAUGUGUAUUAUUGCCCUUGAGAGAUAAUUAUCUCAUUCUGUCAGCAGGAUGCCGGAGAAACGAUAUUAAAUGGUAAAAUUCCAAUUAAGGUUGUUUUAUGCUUCAGAGCAUGUUUUACAAUAACGACAUCUUAAUUAGCUUUAAUAUUAUGGGUCAUUUGCUUAUACUCCAAAUGCUGAGCUGGAAUGGAAAAGGUUUAGCGGUUGUACCCCGUGCUGUUACUUCACCAUCUUUUAGAGAGCAGCCCAGAACUGAUUUUAAAUAAGACAUAUGAAUGUUACAGUGAUACUAAUAACAAUACUGACAUGCAAAUCCAUGUAAACUGGAAUGUAAAGCAUCAGCCUGAGCUGAUUCUGAAGCAAUAAUCAUUGCUGCUGUAUUUCACCCAGAUUAUUCCUGCCAUGCUCCUCCAGCCCAGAUAUAACAUUUAACCUGAACCACAUGAUGUAAUCAAUGUAAUAUAACAAAACAAACGCAGCCCUGAUGUAACUGCAUGCCUCUGCAGCACAGCAAUAACAGUCAUAAUAUUCAGAGAAUGCACUUUUUCAUCGUGAGAGAAAAUGAGAGUGAGGAUUUUACAGAGCUGAUUUGUUUAAGAAGAAAUGCGCAGCCUUGGACACUAGCAUGGUUUACUCGCAGAGACACGUUACCAUCUGAUCAUGACCGAUUUGAUCAAAUACGCCAACAGCAUGGCUUGUUUUGCACUUAAAAUAAGGUUAAGAUAUGCAUGGUCAAUACAAAGGAAAAUGGAAUAAAUUACCAUUAAAAAGAAAGUACUCCUCUACUGCAUGAGUAUUUAAUCUCUUGCCUCUUACCCCAUAGAGCUAAUGGAUUCACUCUUUGAAGCAGACCUGUCUGACUCUUGGAGAGCGAGUUCAAAUUUGCAUUUAGCGAGGGGAAAUGAAUCCUCACAGAUCUUAGUCUCACUUUAGGGAGUUUGCAUAGUUUUUUCAGACUUGAGAACCAAAGUACCGUGUCUCGACAACAAAAUUGGCCACUACAUGAUUAGAGACCAGACACCAGUCCGUGAUUGAGAAACUUUUCUAUGGUCGGAUUUAUUUCACAAAAGCCUAAAAGAGAAAACACCCCCAUUUAAACCCCAAAUCAAAAGAAAUAAAGAUUGUUUUCAUAAUUAUUAAAAUAAAAUGAAUAUUAAUUAAAUAUAAAAUCUUACAUUUAAUUGAAGUUAUUAUUAUUAGAGUACUGAGAAUUGAACAUGAUAAAAUCUAAAAACACAUUUUAUUUCUACAAAUUUUUUUUUUUUCUUUUUUCCUUUGAAGGUUCAUGUCAGACUUUGUGAAAUUCAACCAAACAUGCUAGCGCGCACACACACAGAGCAUUUCAGUUUGUGUGUUGGUGCAAUUAUGUGUUUGAACAGAAGGGAUGUCAUAGUGUUUUGGGGAACUAUGAGUAUUUUGAUAGUGAAGUUCAAACGGAGCUGUGCAGUUCUGUCACACCGCAGGGUUUGGUCUGUCUGCUCACAGAGGUCCUACGAAGGGGCGUUCUUUAAAAACAGCCCUAACUCAACUUCAGAUGUAGUCAGCAGACAGCAUGGUCAUUAUCCACUGACUGAAACCUUCACACUGAAAUCAUUUCUCCACAUGGAAAUUACUACUGUAAAAGCACAAAUACAAAAUUUGUAAAAUUGCUGUAAAAUAUUAUUUAUGAUAAUAAAAUAUUUUCUAUACUUAA